AUUCCCUCUCUGGUUCUCCGAGUGGGAGGCACACUUUCCCGAAGCUCCUGGUGACUGAGCGGGUGUUCGCUGUCUGGACCCUGCUGGGAGAUCCGACAGCCCCCAGCAGCAAUAUGAGUCCCACCCUGGCCGUUCCCACCCCCUACGGGUGCAUUGGCUGUAAACUGCCCCAGCCAGACUACCCACCGGCUCUAAUCACCUUCAUAUUCUGUGCGAUGGUCGUCACCAUCGUCGUGGACCUGAUCGGCAACUCCAUGGUCAUUUUGGCUGUGACCAAGAGCAAGAAACUCCGAAAUUCUGGCAACAUCUUCGUGGUUAGCCUCUCUGCAGCCGACAUGCUGGUGGCCAUCUACCCCUACCCUCUGAUGCUGCGGGCCAUGGCCGUCGGGGGCUGGGACCUGAGCCAGUUGCAGUGCCAACUGGUGGGGUUCAUCACAGGGCUGAGCGUGGUUGGCUCCAUCUUCAACAUCGUGGCGAUCGCCAUCAACCGCUACUGCUACAUGUGCCACAGCCUCCAGUACGAGCGGAUCUUCAGCGUGCGCAAUACCUGCAUUUACCUGGUCAUCACCUGGGUCAUGGCUGUCCUGGCUGUCGUGCCCAACCUGUACAUUGGCACCAUCGAGUACGAUCCUCGCACCUACACUUGCAUCUUCAACUAUCUGAACAACCCCAUCUUUGCCGUGACCAUCGUCUGCAUCCACUUCGUCCUCCCUCUGCUCAUAGUGGGUUUCUGCUACGUGAGGAUCUGGACCCGCGUGCUGGCCGCCCGAGGCCCGGCCGCCGGGCAGAACCCCGACAACCAGCUGGCCGAGGUUCGCAAUUUUCUAACCAUGUUUGUGAUCUUCCUCCUCUUUGCAGUGUGCUGGUGCCCUAUCAACGUGCUCACUGUCUUGGUGGCUGUCAGCCCAAAGGAGCUGGCGGGCAAGAUCCCCACCUGGCUUUAUCUUGCAGCCUACUUCCUAGCCUACUUCAACAGCUGCCUCAAUGCUGUCGUCUAUGGGCUCCUCAAUGAGAAUUUCCGAAGGGAAUACUGGGUCAUCUUCCAUGCCAUGCGGCACCCCAUCCUGUUCCUCUCUGCCCUCAUCACUGAUGUUCGCGAGACCCGCGAAGCCCGCACCCUGGCCCGUGCCCGCUCCCAAGCCCGGGAGCAAGUCCACGAACAAGACAGUGCCCGGCUCUGCCCUGUUGUGGAGGAAAUCCCCAUGAGUGUCCGGAAUGUCCCAUUACCCGGUGACAGUGCUGCCGGACAACCUGAGCAUGCCUCUGGCCACCCCAGGCCAGCCUCUGCCCUCCGUAAAUCUGCCUCUGCCCACCCCAAGUCUGCCACUGUCUAUCCAAAGCCUGCCUCAGUCCACUUCAAGGCUGACCCUGCCCAUGGCAAGCCUGCCUCUGUCCAUUUCAAGGGUGACUCUGUCCACUUCAAGCCCGCCUCUGGCCUGUCCAAGUCCAUCAUUGGCAGCCACGUCACGACCCUCGGCCCUGCCACCAGUUGCCCAAAACCUAUCACCGGCCACGUCGAGCCCACAACCAGCCACCAUGAGCCCACCUUUGCCACCCCCCCAGAACUCUCUGCCUCCAGCCCUCUUGACCUUGAUAUCAUUGCCUACCCCGAGCUUAUUUCCAGUCCUUCUACCGGCUCCCUUGAGCCUGCUGCCAGCAGUGAUGAAGAUGACCUUCUGAACCCCACUGUGUUCACCACUGCCACCAGCAGUGGCCACGAGCUCUUAGUCCUCGACAUCGACGCUGAUUCUGACGAAAUGGCCAUGUGA